CCAAAAGAAGCAGGGAAUGGGAAAAAACGAAAAGCAAUUUCCAAAACUAAAAUAAAAGUGAUUGUAAACGAAAAAAAGAAAAAAAAACCAGAGAUAUCGGCAGCACGAAAAACCCUACUUACUCAACUCUUCUUUUCUAGUUCCUCCAAAACCCCUUGGCAGCUCUUUACCAACUCUCUGUUCCGACUCCAUCCCUAUCCUCCGGCGGCUCUCUCAACUCCAUCCCUAUCCUCCGGUGGCAUGGCUUCAUCAAUGGAGUCACUAAUCCUCCAACUUCACGAGAUUUCCGCCGUGAAGUUCGGCAACUUCAAGCUGAAAUCCGGCAUCUUCUCACCAAUCUACAUCGACCUCCGCCUCAUCAUCUCUUACCCAUCCCUCCUCGCCCGAAUCUCUCAAACCUUGAUUUCCUCCGUCACCACCGCUUCCGUCGCAUUCGACCUCGUCUGCGGCGUCCCCUACACCGCCCUCCCAAUCGCCACCUCGGUGUCCCUCUCCAACAACAUCCCCAUGGUCAUGCGCCGCAAGGAGGUUAAAGACUACGGCACCGCCAAGGCCAUCGAGGGCCACUUCCAAGCUAACCAGACAUGCCUGAUUAUUGAGGAUCUCGUGACGAGCGGGACUUCGGUCCUUGAAACGGCGGCGCCGCUGCGUGCGGUGGGAUUAAAGGUCACGGACGCGGUUGUCUUGAUUGAUCGGGAGCAGGGCGGGAUGGAGAACUUGGAGGAGAACGGGAUUAAAUUGCACGCCAUGAUCAAGCUGACUGAUAUGGUUAGGGUUUUGAGGGAGAAAGGGAAGCUGGGGGAAGAUGUGGAGAAGCAAGUUAUCAAGUUCUUGGAGGAGAACAAGAAAGUGGCCGCUGUGCCGAAUGCGGAGAAGAAAAUCAGCGUGAAAGGCUUGAGUUUGGCGGAAAGAGCGAAGCUUGCCAAGAAUCCAACUGGAAAGAAGUUGUUUGAAGUGAUGAUAAAGAAAGAGAGCAAUUUGUGUUUGGCCGCUGAUGUUGGGACUGCGAAAGAGCUGCUUGAACUCGCGGAGAAAGUUGGACCAGAGAUAUGCUUGCUGAAAACCCAUGUUGACAUAUUGCCCGACUUCACUCCUGACUUCGGUUCAAAAUUACGAGCGAUUGCAGAUAAAUACAAUUUCAUAAUUUUUGAAGACCGUAAGUUUGCAGACAUUGGUAACACAGUGACAAUGCAAUAUGAAGGAGGAAUAUUCCGGAUAUUGGAAUGGGCUGAUAUAGUUAACUGUCACAUUAUUUCCGGUCCUGGAAUUGUUGAUGGACUGAAGCUAAAGGGGUUGCCUAAAGGCAGAGGUCUAUUGCUGCUUGCUGAAAUGAGCUCAGCUGGUAACUUUGCAACAGGGGACUACACUGCAGCAGCAGUCAAAAUUGCUGAACAACAUUCCGAUUUCGUUGUUGGCUUUAUUUCUGUUAAUCCUGCAUCUUGGCCUGGAGCGCCAGUCAAUCCGAUAUUUAUCCAGGCCACACCUGGAGUUCAAAUGGUGAAAGGUGGCGAUGCCCUUGGCCAGCAGUACAAUACCCCAUAUUCUGUAAUAUUCGAUAGGGGCAGUGACAUCAUUAUUGUGGGUCGUGGGAUUAUAAAGGCUGCAAAUCCUUCUGAAGCGGCUCGUGAAUACCGGCUUCAAGGUUGGGAUGCAUACUUGGCUAAAUGCACAUGAGAGAGCUUCUGCCCUUGGCCCUGCUCCUACCUUGAUCUCGCUUUGUUAUCGUUUGUCAGAGACGAUAAAAAGGAGUUUUAAAGAGUUAUAGUGUGCCCUUCUCAUUGAUGACAAGCUCGAGAGAUACUUGACGGCUACUAUCUUCAAUAUUUAUUUUUCUGAGAAGUACCAUCUUCGAUAUUAUUUAUAAUGCAAGAGGUUAAGGUAC